AUGAACAAGUACAGUCGGGUCGUUACCCAACCAAAAGACCAAGGUGCAAGCCAGGCCAUGCUUUACGCGACGGACGAAAUCUCAUCUGAUGAAGAUUUCAAUAAGGCGAUGGUUGGAGUAGCCAGUGUCUGGUGGGCCAUUCGUUUCACUCAAUCUUACGCUCUGACUAAUUCUCGGCCUCUGAUAGGUACGAAGGGAACCCGUAAGACAUCUCACCCGCUUGUUGCCCAUUGUCUCCACCUCUUUGUCAGAUGCAACAAACACCUCUUGGGUCUCGGACAAGAGGUCAAAGCGUCCUUGCAAAAAGCAGAUCUCAUCGGGUACCAGUUUGGUACCGUCGGCGUCAGCGAUGGCAUUAGCAUGGGCACAAGCGGAAUGUCUUAUUCCCUCCCAUCACGCGACCUCAUUGCCGACCAGGUCGAGUCUGCCGCCGGUGGGCAUCAUCUUGAUGGUAUGGUGGUAAUACCGGGUUGUGAUAAAAAUAUGCCCGGCGUUUUAAUGGCUCUUGGGCGUCUUAAUCGACCUGGCCUCAUGGUGUACGGUGGAACAAUACGACCAGGCUCUUGUGAGGGUGCUCCCCAACUGGAUCUGGUCUCUGCAUUCCAGGCGUAUGGCAAAUACUUGCAGGAUGGAAUGACUCCCGCAGCCGAAAAGAUGCGUUAUAACACCAUUCGACACGCGUGCCCUGGUCCCGGAGCUUGUGGUGGUAUGUACACUGCGAACACAAUGGCUAGCGCGUCGGAAGCCAUGGGCAUGACGCUUUCCGGAUCAUCCUCUUUCCCGGCUGAAUCUCGAGAAAAACACGAGGAAAUAGCCUCCGUGGGAUCAGCCAUGUACGACUUGAUCUCAAAGAGCAUACUUCCGCGGGAUAUUAUGACACGCUCCGCCUUUGAAAAUGCGAUGGCAUGUAUUGUCUUGACAAUGAUUCUUGGUGGCUCAACUAACGCCGUCCUACAUCUGAUUGCCAUUGCCCAUUCUGUUGGUAUCACCCUAACCAUUGAUGACUUCCAGGCUGUCUCAGAUCGCACGCCUUUCCUCGCUGAUAUAAAACCUAGUGGAAAAUAUGUCAUGGAGGAUGUGUACAAAAUCGGUGGUAUUCCUAAGAUUCUUGCAUUCCUCCUUAAGCACAAACUUAUUGACGGGAACAAUAUGACCGUCACAGGCCGUACUCUCGGGGAGAAUCUCGACCGAUGGACACACAAAUACGGCGAGCUAGAUUCGACGCAGGACGUUAUCCGGCCUUUGGACAAACCUAUCAAGUCAACAGGGCACCUUAGGUACCGUAAUAUCUACCUUUAUGACCUGCAUCAUGAAACAGAUUUGCAAAUUAGGAUACUGCGAGGAAAUCUCGCUCCCGGAGGUGCCGUUGCCAAGAUCACAGGUAAAGAAGGGCUCAGUUUCACCGGUAAAGCACGGACAUUCGACAAUGAGUCCGACUUUGUCCACGCUGUGGAGAGUGGCUCUAUCAAGAAGGGCGAGAAGACGGUGGUCAUUCUCAGGUAUCUAGGUCCCAAGGGUGGUCCUGGUAUGCCCGAGAUGUUAAAGCCGACGAGUCUCAUCAUGGGUGCUGGCCUAGGGCUCGAUGUGGCGUGUCUAACGGACGGACGAUUCAGUGGGGGAUCCCACGGUUUCUGUAUCGGCCAUGUUGUUCCAGAAGCCCAGGUGGGCGGGCCUAUUGCCUUCGUCCAAGAUGGGGAUGUCAUUUCUGUUGAUGCCGUGAAGAAUACAAUUGAGCUCCACGUCUCAGAUGAGGAGCUGGAGGAGAGGAAAAAAGGUUGGGUGCCACCCCCUUUGAAGGUUUCACAGGGAACAUUGUACAAGUACGUCAAGACAGUGACGGAUGCCAGUCGGGGCUGUAUCACGGACUCGUAA